AUUCUUCCCGCCUCCAACAAGAUGGCGGAGGCCAAGUAGCAAGGGGGCGGAGUGUGGCCGCCGGAAACCCGGCCGCUGCUGGGGGGAGCUGCGGGCGAAGGCCCGGGAGCAGCGGGCCGAGGCUGGCACGAUGCUGUUCCCGGGAGGCGUUGUUAGUUACUGCUGAGGAAGGUGGAGCACCGAGUUGCCUUCCCGGACCCCCGGCGCUCCCUAUGUACGCCUCUCUGGGCUCGGGUCCGGUCGGCGCUUUGCCUGCUUCUGCACCACCCUCUACUCUCGGGUCCUGGAGCUCCGGCAGCGGCAGCGGCUGUGUCCCCCGGGAGAGGAAGCGCCCAGGCGGCGUCCGUAAUUCUGGCCGCGGGGCGAGCGUCUGGCAGGAAGUACUUAAACAACUACAAGGAAGUAUUGAAGAUGAAGCUAUGGCUUCCUCUGGACAGAUUGAUUUAUUAGAGCGUCUCAAAGAACUUAACUUAGAUAGCAGUAAUUUCCCUGGAGUGAAACUACGGUCAAAAAUGUCCCUCCGUUCUUAUGGGAGCCGUGAAGGAUCUGUAUCUAGUCGUUCAGGAGAGUGCAGUCCUGUUCCUAUGGGUUCGUUUCCAAGAAGAGGGUUUGUAAACGGAAGCAGAGAAAAUACCGGUUAUUUAGAAGAACUUGAGAAAGAGAGAUCAUUACUUCUUGCUGAUCUUGACAAAGAAGAAAAGGAAAAAGACUGGUAUUAUGCUCAACUUCAGAAUCUCACCAAAAGAAUAGAUAGUCUCCCUUUAACCGAAAAUUUUUCCUUACAAACAGAUAUGACCAGAAGACAAUUAGAAUAUGAAGCAAGGCAAAUCAGAGUUGCAAUGGAAGAACAACUAGGUACUUGCCAGGAUAUGGAAAAAAGAGCACAGCGAAGAGUAACCAGAAUUCAACAAAUAGAGAAGGAUAUACUUCGUAUACGACAACUUUUACAGUCCCAAGCAACAGAAGCAGAGAGGUCAUCUCAGAACAAGCAUGAAGCUGGCUCACAUGAAGCUGAGCGGCAGAAUGAAGGUCAAGGAGUGGCAGAAAUCAACAUGGCAACUUCUGGAAGUGGUCAGGGUUCAACUACACGAAUGGAUCAUGAAACAGCCAGUGUUUUGAGUUCUAGUAGCACACACUCUGCUCCUCGAAGGUUGACAAGUCACCUGGGAACCAAGGUGGAAAUGGUGUAUUCAUUGUUGUCAAUGCUUGGUACUCAUGAUAAGGAUGAUAUGUCACGAACUUUGCUAGCUAUGUCUAGCUCCCAAGACAGCUGUAUAUCCAUGCGACAGUCUGGAUGUCUUCCUCUCCUCAUCCAGCUUUUACAUGGCAAUGACAAAGACUCUGUGUUGUUGGGAAAUUCCCGGGGCAGUAAAGAGGCUCGGGCCAGGGCCAGUGCAGCACUUCACAACAUCAUUCACUCACAGCCUGAUGACAAGAGAGGCAGGCGUGAAAUCCGAGUCCUUCAUCUUUUGGAACAGAUACGAGCUUACUGUGAAACCUGUUGGGAGUGGCAGGAAGCCCAUGAACAAGGCAUGGACCAGGACAAAAAUCCAAUGCCAGCUCCUGUUGAACAUCAGAUCUGUCCUGCUGUGUGUGUUUUAAUGAAACUUUCAUUUGAUGAAGAACAUAGACAUGCGAUGAAUGAACUUGGUAGAAAGGCUACCCGGGGCAUUUCAUCACAGGAGCUAGGGCAGGGGCUUUCAGGGGGACUACAGGCCAUUGCAGAAUUAUUGCAAGUGGACUGUGAAAUGUAUGGGCUAACUAAUGACCACUACAGUAUUACAUUAAGACGGUAUGCUGGAAUGGCUUUGACAAACUUGACUUUUGGAGAUGUGGCCAACAAGGCUACACUCUGCUCUAUGAAAGGCUGCAUGAGAGCGCUUGUGGCCCAACUAAAAUCUGAAAGUGAGGACUUACAGCAGGUUAUUGCAAGUGUUUUGAGGAAUUUGUCUUGGCGAGCAGAUGUAAAUAGUAAAAAGACAUUGCGUGAAGUUGGAAGUGUGAAAGCAUUGAUGGAAUGUGCUCUAGAAGUUAAAAAGGAAUCAACCCUCAAAAGCGUAUUGAGUGCCUUAUGGAACUUGUCUGCACACUGCACUGAGAAUAAAGCUGACAUAUGUGCUGUAGAUGGUGCGCUAGCAUUUCUGGUCGGCACUCUCACUUACCGAAGCCAGGCAAAUACGUUAGCCAUUAUUGAAAGUGGAGGUGGGAUACUACGGAACGUGUCCAGCUUGAUAGCUACAAAUGAGGACCACAGGCAAAUCCUAAGAGAGAACAACUGCCUGCAAACCUUAUUACAACACUUGAAAUCUCACAGUUUGACAAUAGUCAGUAAUGCAUGUGGAACCUUGUGGAAUCUCUCAGCAAGAAAUCCUAAAGACCAAGAAGCAUUAUGGGACAUGGGGGCAGUCAGCAUGCUCAAAAACCUCAUACAUUCAAAGCACAAAAUGAUUGCUAUGGGAAGCGCUGCAGCUUUAAGGAAUCUCAUGGCAAAUAGACCUGCAAAAUAUAAGGAUGCCAAUAUUAUGUCUCCUGGUUCAAGCUUGCCAUCUCUUCACGUCAGAAAACAAAAAGCCCUAGAAGCAGAAUUAGAUGCUCAGCAUUUAUCAGAAACUUUUGACAAUAUUGACAAUUUAAGUCCCAAGGCAUCUCAUCGUAAUAAGCAACGACACAAGCAAAGUCUCUAUAAUGACUAUGCUUUUGACACCAAUCGACAUGAUGAUAAUAGGUCAGACAAUUUUAAUACUGGAAAUAUGACUGUCCUUUCACCAUAUUUAAAUACCACAGUGUUGCCUAGCUCUUCUUCCUCAAGAGGAAGUUUAGACAGUUCUCGUUCUGAAAAAGAUAGAAGUUUGGAGAGAGAACGAGGAAUCAGCCUAGGCAACUACCACCCAGCAACAGAAAAUUCAGGCACUUCUUCAAAGCGAGGUUUGCAGAUUUCCACCACUGCAGCCCAGAUUGCCAAAGUCAUGGAAGAAGUAUCAGCCAUUCACACCUCCCAGGAAGACAGAAGUUCUGGGUCUACCACCGAGUUACAUUGUGGGACAGAUGAGAGGAAUGCACUAAGAAGAAGCUCUACUGCCCACACACAUGCAAACACUUACAACUUCAGCAAGUCAGAAGGUUCAAAUAGGACAUGUCCUGUGACUUAUGCUAACUUGGAAUAUAAGAGAUCUUCAAAUGAUAGUUUAAACAGUGUCAGUAGUAGUGAUGGCUAUGGUAAAAGAGGUCAGAUGAAGCCUUCCAUUGAAUCCUAUUCUGAAGACGAUGAAAGUAAAUUUUGCAGCUAUGGUCAAUAUCCAGCUGACCUGGCCCAUAAAAUACAUAGCGCAAAUCACAUGGAUGACAAUGACGGAGAACUAGAUACACCCAUAAAUUAUAGUCUUAAAUAUUCAGAUGAGCAGUUGAACUCCGGAAGGCAAAGCCCUUCACAGAAUGAAAGAUGGGCAAGACCCAAACAUAUAAUAGAAGAUGAAAUAAAACAAAGCGAGCAGAGACAAUCAAGAAGUCAAAGCACAACUUACCCCGUAUAUACCGAGAGCACUGACGAUAAACACCUCAAGUUCCAACCACAUUUUGGACAGCAGGAAUGUGUUUCCCCAUAUAGGUCAAGAGGAGCCAGUGGUUCAGAAACAAAUCGAGUAGGUUCUAAUCAUGGAAUUAAUCAAAAUGUAAACCAGUCUUUGUGUCAGGAAGACGACUAUGAAGAUGAUAAGCCAACCAACUACAGUGAACGUUACUCUGAGGGAGAGCAGCAUGAGGAAGAAGAAAGACCAACAAAUUAUAGCAUAAAAUACAACGAAGAAAAACAUCAUGUGGAUCAGCCUAUUGAUUAUAGUUUAAAAUAUGCCACAGACAUUUCUUCUUCCCAGAAACCACCAUUUUCAUUCUCAAAGAAUUCAUCUGGACAGAGCACUAAAACUGAACACCUCUCUUCAAGCAGUGAGAAUACGUCCACACCUUCAGCUAAUGCCAAGAGGCAGAAUCAGCACCACCCAAGUUCAGCACAAAGCAGAAAUGGUCAGACCCCCAAAGCCACCUCCUGCAAAGUUCCCUCCAUCAACCAAGAAACAAUACAGACUUACUGUGUAGAGGAUACCCCAAUUUGUUUUUCACGCUGCAGUUCAUUAUCGUCUUUGUCAUCAGCUGAAGAUGAAAUAGGAUGUGAUCAGGCAACCCAGGAAACAGAUUCUGCUAAUACUCUACAAAUAGCAGAAAUCAAAGAAAACAGUGGGACUAGAACAACAGAAGAUUCUGUGAGUGAAGUUCCAACCGUGUCACAGCAUAUUCGAACCAAAUCCAGCAGACUUCAGGCUUCUGGUUUAUCUGCAGAAUCAACCAGGCACAAAGCUGUUGAAUUUUCUUCAGGGGCCAAAUCCCCAUCAAAAAGUGGUGCUCAGACACCUAAAAGUCCACCAGAGCACUAUGUUCAGGAGACUCCACUCAUGUUUAGCCGAUGUACCUCAGUCAGUUCACUCGAUAGCUUUGAGAGUCGUUCGAUUGCCAGCUCUGUUCAGAGUGAACCCUGCAGUGGAAUGGUAAGUGGCAUUAUAAGCCCCAGUGACCUUCCAGAUAGCCCCGGACAAACCAUGCCACCAAGCAGAAGUAAGACCCCUCCCCCUCCGCCUCAGACAGUUCAGACCAAGCGAGAGGUGCCUAAAAACAAAGCCCCUGCUGUGGAAAAGAGAGAGAGUGGACCUAAGCAAGCUGCUGUAAAUGCUGCCGUACAGAGAGUCCAGGUUCUUCCAGAUGCUGACACUCUGUUACAUUUUGCCACAGAAAGUACUCCAGAUGGAUUUUCUUGUUCCUCUAGCCUGAGUGCUCUGAGCCUCGAUGAGCCAUUUAUACAGAAAGAUGUGGAAUUAAGAAUAAUGCCUCCAGUUCAGGAAAAUGACAAUGGGAAUGAAACUGAAUCUGAGCAGCCUGAAGAAGCAAAUGAAAACCAGGAAAAAGAGACGGAAAAACCUACCGACUCCGAAAAAGACCUCUUAGAUGACUCAGAUGAUGAUGAUAUUGAAAUACUAGAAGAAUGUAUUAUUUCUGCCAUGCCAACAAAAUCUUCACGCAAAGCCAAAAAACCGGCCCAGACUGCUUCAAAAUUACCUCCCCCUGUAGCAAGGAAACCAAGUCAACUUCCUGUGUACAAACUUCUUCCAUCACAAAACAGGUUACAAGCACAAAAGCAUGUUAGUUUUACACCAGGAGAUGAUAUGCCACGGGUAUAUUGUGUAGAAGGGACACCUAUAAACUUUUCUACAGCUACAUCUUUAAGUGAUCUAACGAUAGAAUCUCCUCCCAAUGAGUUAGCUGCUGGGGAAGGGGUUAGACCAGGGGCACAGUCAAGUGAAUUCGAAAAACGAGAUACCAUUCCUACAGAAGGCAGAAGUACAGAUGAGGCUCAAAGAGGAAAAACCCCAUCUGUAACAAUACCUGAACUGGAUGAUAGUAAAACAGAAGAAGGUGAUAUUCUUGCAGAAUGCAUUAAUUCUGCUAUGCCCAAAGGAAAAAGUCACAAGCCCUUCCGUGUGAAAAAGAUAAUGGACCAAGUCCAGCAAGCAUCUAUGUCUUCAUCUGGAGCUAACAAAAAUCAAUUAGAUGGUAAGAAAAAGAAACCUACUUCACCAGUAAAACCUAUACCACAAAAUACUGAGUAUAGGACACGUGUAAGAAAAAAUGCAGACUCAAAAAAUAAUUUAAAUGCUGAAGGAACUUUCUCAGACAACAAAGAUUCAAAGAAACAGAACUUGAAAAAUAAUUCCAAGGACUUCAAUGAUAAGCUACCAAAUAACGAAGAUCGAGUCAGAGGAAGCUUUACUUUUGAUUCACCUCAUCACUACACACCUAUUGAAGGAACUCCAUACUGUUUUUCACGAAAUGAUUCUUUGAGUUCUCUAGAUUUUGAUGAUGAUGAUGUUGACCUUUCCAGAGAAAAGGCUGAAUUAAGAAAGGGGAAAGAAAAUAAGGAAUCAGAAGCUAAAGUUACCAGCCACACAGAACUAACCACUAACCAACAGUCAGCUAAUAAGACACAGGCUGUUACAAAACAUCCAAUAAAUCGAGGUCAGUCUAAAUCCUUGCUGCAGAAGCAGUCCACUUUUCCACAGUCAUCCAAAGACAUACCAGACAGAGGGGCAGCAACUGACGAAAAAUUACAAAACUUUGCUAUUGAAAAUACACCAGUGUGCUUUUCUCGAAACUCCUCUCUAAGUUCCCUUAGUGACAUUGAUCAAGAAAACAACAAUAACAAAGAAAAUGAACCUAUCAAAGAGACAGAGCCCCCUAACUCACAGGGAGAACCAAGUAAACCUCAGGCAUCAGGUUAUGCUCCUAAAUCAUUUCACGUUGAAGAUACCCCUGUUUGUUUCUCGAGAAACAGUUCUCUCAGUUCUCUUAGUAUUGAUUCUGAAGACGACCUGUUGCAAGAAUGUAUAAGUUCUGCAAUGCCAAAAAAGAAAAAGCCUUCAAGACUCAAGGGUGAUAAUGAAAAGCAUAGCCCCAGAAAUAUGAGUGGCAUAUUAGCAGAAGAUUUGACACUCGAUUUGAAAGAUAUACAGAGACCAGAUUCAGAACAUGGUUUAUCCCCAGAUUCAGAAAAUUUUGAUUGGAAAGCUAUUCAGGAAGGUGCAAAUUCCAUAGUAAGUAGUUUACAUCAAGCUGCUGCUGCUGCCUGUUUAUCUAGACAAGCUUCAUCUGACUCAGAUUCCAUCCUUUCACUGAAAUCAGGAAUCUCUCUGGGAUCACCAUUUCAUCUUACACCUGAUCAAGAGGAAAAACCAUUUACAAGUAAUAAGGGCCCACGAAUUCUAAAACCUGGGGAGAAGAGCACAUUGGAAACUAAAAAGAUAGAAUCUGAAAAUAAAGGAAUCAAAGGAGGGAAAAAAGUUUAUAAAAGUUUACUUACUGGAAAAGUUCGAUCUAAUUCGGAGAUUUCAAACCAAAUGAAACAGUCCCUUCAAGCAAACAUGCCUUCCAUCUCUCGAGGCAGGACAAUGAUUCAUAUUCCAGGAGUUCGAAAUAGCUCUUCAAGUACAAGUCCGGUUUCUAAGAAAGGCCCACCUCUUAAGACUCCAGCCUCCAAAAGCCCUAGCGAAGGUCAGACAGCCACCACUUCUCCUAGAGGACCCAAGCCAUCAGUGAAGUCAGAAUUAAGCCCUGUAACCAGGCAGACAUCCCAACCAGCUGUGGCAAAUAAAGGGCCUUCUAGAUCAGGAUCUAGAGAUUCCACUCCUUCAAGACCUGCCCAACAACCAUUAAGUAGACCUAUGCAGUCUCCAGGGCGAAACUCAAUUUCUCCUGGUAGAAAUGGAAUAAGUCCUCCUAACAAAUUAUCUCAGUUGCCAAGGACUUCAUCACCUAGUACUGCUUCGACUAAGUCCUCAGGUUCUGGGAAGAUGUCUUAUACAUCUCCAGGCAGACAGAUGAGCCAACAGAACCUUACCAAACAAACGGGUUUAUCCAAGAAUGGCAGUAGUAUCCCAAGAAGUGAGUCUGCCUCCAAAGGACUAAAUCAGAUGAAUAAUAGCAAUGGAUCUAAUAAAAAGGUGGAACUUUCUAGAAUGUCUUCAACAAAGUCAAGUGGAAGUGAAUCUGAUAGGUCAGAGAGACCCGUAUUAGUACGCCAGUCAACUUUCAUUAAAGAAGCUCCAAGCCCAACCCUAAGGAGAAAACUGGAGGAGUCUGCUUCAUUUGAAUCUCUUUCUCCAUCUUCUAGACCAGAUUCUCCCACUAGAUCCCAGGCACAGACUCCGGUUUUAAGUCCUUCCCUUCCUGAUAUGUCUCUGUCCACACAUUCGUCUGUUCAGUCUGGUGGAUGGCGAAAACUCCCUCCUAAUCUCAGUCCUACCAUAGAGUAUAAUGAUGGAAGACCAGCAAAGCGCCAUGAUAUAGCACGCUCCCAUUCUGAAAGUCCUUCUAGACUUCCGAUUAAUAGAUCAGGGACCUGGAAACGUGAGCACAGCAAGCAUUCAUCAUCCCUUCCUCGAGUAAGCACUUGGAGAAGAACUGGAAGUUCAUCCUCAAUUCUUUCUGCUUCAUCAGAGUCCAGUGAAAAAGCAAAAAGUGAGGAUGAAAAACAUGUGAACUCAAUUUCAGGAGCCAAACAAACUAAAGAAAACCAAGUAUCCACAAAAGGAACAUGGAGAAAAAUAAAAGAAAGUGAGAUUUCUCCCACAAAUAGUACCUCUCAGACCACUUCCUCAGGUGCUGCAAAUGGUGCUGAAUCAAAGACUCUAAUUUAUCAAAUGGCACCUGCUGUUUCUAAAACAGAGGAUGUUUGGGUGAGAAUUGAGGACUGUCCGAUUAACAACCCUAGAUCCGGAAGAUCUCCAACAGGAAAUACUCCCCCUGUGAUUGACACUGUUUCAGAAAAGGGAAAUCCAAAUGCUAAAGAUGCAAAAGAUAAUCAGGGAAAGCAAAAUGUAGGUAAUGGCAGUGCUCCCGUACGCACCAUGGGUUUGGAAAACCGCCUGAACUCCUUUAUUCAAGUAGAUGCCCCAGACCAAAAAGGAACUGAGGCAAAACCGGGACAAAGUAAUCCUGUCCCUGCAUCAGAGACAAAUGAGAGCUCUGUUGCUGAGCGUACACCAUUCAGUUCUAGCAGCUCGAGCAAGCACAGUUCACCUAGUGGGACUGUGGCUGCCAGAGUGACUCCUUUCAAUUAUAAUCCGAGCCCUAGGAAAAGCAGCGCAGAUAGCACUUCCGCCCGGCCGUCUCAGAUCCCGACGCCAGUGAAUAACAACACGAAGAAACGAGAUUCAAAAACUGAUAGCACAGAAUCCAGUGGAACUCAAAGUCCUAAGCGCCAUUCUGGGUCUUACCUUGUGACAUCUGUGUAAAAGAGCUGGAAUGAUGAAACUCAGAAAAUUACGUGUUAAUUACAACUGCUAUGUAGAAAUUUUGUUUCAAAUGAAACUUAAGACUGAAAAAUUGUGUAAAUAGGUUUGAUUGUUAGAGAGGUUUUGUUCUGGAAGCCAUAUUUGAUAGUAUACUUUGUCUUCACUGGUCAUAUUUUGGGAGGCACUCUUGAUAGUUAGGAAGAAAAUGGUAAAGCCAAGUAUAUUUGUACAGUAUGUUUUACAUGUAUUUAAGUAGCAUCCCAUCCCAUCAUCCUUUAAUUAUUGCUUGUCUUAAAAUAAUGAACACUACAGAUAGAGGAUAUGAUAUAUUGCUGUUCUCAAUCAUUUCUAGAUUAUAAACUGACUAAACUUACAUCAGGGAGAAAUUGGUAUUUAUGCAAAAAACCAUUCCGUUUUAGUCCUUGUGAGUCCAUCUAACAUCAUAAUUAAUCAUGUGGCUGUGAAAUUCACAGUAAUAUGGUUCCCAAUGAACAAGUUUACCCAGCCUGCUUUGCUUUACUGCAUGAAUGAAACUGAUGGUUCAAUUUCAGAAGUAAUGAUUAACAGUACUGUGGUCACAUUAUGUGCAUAUAGAUAGCUAUGGUGUAACAAUUUACACUAUUUUGUGCUCAAAACAAAAAAAAAACAAAAACAAAAAAUCUGUGUAACCGUAAAACAUUGAAUGAAACUAUUUUACCUGAACUAGAUUUUAUCUGAAAGUAGAUAGAAUUUUGCUAUGCUGUAACUUGUUGUAUAUUCUGGUAUUUGAGGUGAGAUGGCUGCUCUUUUAUUAAUGAGACAUGAAUCGUGUCUCAACAGAAACUAAAUGAACAUUUCAGAAUAAAUUAUUGCUGUAUGUAAACUAUUACUGAAAUUGGUAUUUGUUUGAAGGGUCUUAUUUCACGUUUGUAUUAAUAAUUUUCAAAAAAGCCUCUUUUAAAAGCUUAUAUAAAUUUUUUCUUCAAAUUCUAUGCAUUAAGAGUAAAAUUCCUCUUACUGUAAUAAAAACAAUUGAAGCUAACUGUUGGCAUUUAACCAUUCCAUGCAUUGGCACUUAACCAUUCCUGGAACUUACAUUUCUUAAAUGAGAUUAGCUUAGAAACUCCCGAUGUUUAAUAUUUUUUCUUACUCCACUGGAGUUGAUUUAAAACAAAUUCAUGUAAUAGCAAUGUGAACUACCUAGCACAGGACUGGACGUUGAACAAAAUAGACCCACGUAGAAUAUUUCCUUUUUCUUAAUAGAAUGCUCUACUUGAAAAAUUAAUUGAUUAUUGUUAGGUGUAAGUAGUCUCUCCCAAGCCUGUCUUGGAAUGUUAACUGUCUUGUCCCUUCAUCUACCCUCUGUUGCUACUGGAUCCAGAGUGAACAGAUUUUAUCACCCUAUAUGUUAGGGCAAAAUUCCAGCAGCCAGUUGUAAUCAGCAUUUUGCCAUGCUCAGAAAAUGCAAAUCACGUGGAACUUCAAAGGUAGAUUUAAUACUAUUAAGAUAUUCAAAAGACUAUUUAAAGCCCCUGCCCGUUAAGGAAAACUUUGUUUUUGGUGGGUAGAGUUGAGAGGUACAUGUUAAGUGCCCCUUUCCUCUCAGAGCAGGGAGCUCCUCCUUGAAGGAAGGAAAGAUAAACCGAUAUACAUAUUAACAGGUAGUCUAAUGUAUCUUCCCAGAAUUUGUCCUAAAUGAUGAGAGGGUGAGAAUGAUAAAUGCUCACGUAUUUGUUGAGUAAAGGCAACUACUUUUAAUGAUAAAAUUCAUGCGCUCUGCAUUUAGGGAAGGGAAAAGAUACUUAGAUACAAUGGGGCUCUGGGAAAAAGGAUUGAGGAGUAAGCAUAUCUAUUUGAUGCCCUUGAAAUCACACGUGGCUAUAUACCCCUUACCUGUGUUUAUCAAUGCCAGUAAAUAUUCCAAAGCCCAUAUUCUUUCCACUGUACCAUUUUGCAAACACCUCAAUUUACUGAUCUUUGGAAUAUAUCAACAUGUUUUUCUUUUUUAUUAAUUAUUUUUAUUAACAUAUAAUGUAUUAUUUGCCCCAGGGGUUCAGGUCUGUGAAUUGUCAAGCUUACACAUUUCAUAGCACUCACCAUAUCCCAUACCCUCCCCAAUGUCCAUAACCCAACCACCCUCUCCCUUCCCCACCAACCCUCAGUUUGUUUUGUGAGAUUAAGAGUGUCAUAGUUUGUCUCCUCCCGAUCCCAUGUUGUUUCAUUUUUUCCUUACCUACCCCUCAAACCCCCCACCCAGCCUCUCAAAUUCCUCAUAUCAGAGAUGGAAUAUAUCAACACUUAAAUUUUUGUCAUUUUAUCUGAAUGAAAUCAUUUGUGAAUAAUAAUAGUUUAUCUUUUUCUCAAAGGCAGCUUUCUCUAACAAUAAGUGGGCAUAUAAGUUGUAUUUCUUUCCUCUUUUGGUCCUGAUUUUCUGUUUUUCUGAAUUACUGCUUGCCAGUUAUUAUGAGCACUCCCAGGUACUUUUAUGGAGAUGGGAUGUUAGUCAACUAGAAUAAAACUGCCUUUUUCCAAGGAAGGAAAAAAAAACCCACUAUCAAGGCUGGAAAUGAAAAGAGGGUGCCUUCCACACACAGAAAACUCAGGAAUUACUGUAGGCAACGCCUCCUAUGAGAAUGUCAAAUCAGUCUACAUUGCCCAUUGAGGAAAAAGUUGUUGUAUGAGACUCUUAUGUUAAAAUAGCUCUGAAUUAGGAAAGGGGCAAAUUUCAUUUCUACUUUUAGAAGUUCACAGGGUGCUGUCUUAACUGAUAGGCCAAAUAUUCCCAGUUUAUGCUUGUUGAAAAUCGUAUACUGAGCCCAGUGUUGGGAAUUAGUUAUGAUACCUGUUAAGAGAGUCAGUGCUCUAUCUAGCUUUAGACUGCAGCAAAGCAGUGGUUUCCAAAUUAGAUUGGAUUUGGGUCACCAGAAGUGCUUAUUAAGACAUAGCUGGGCCAAUCCCCAAAGUUUCUGAUUCUGAGUAGGGCCCAAGAAUUCGCAGUUCUAACAAGUUCUCAGGUGAUGCUUGAUGCUGCUGGUCUGAGAAGCACACUUGGAGAUUGAUUGCCCUAAGUUAUAAUGAAGCUCCUUGAGUGAUUGCCUUAGGUCAUAGCUCUUCCUCUCAACCCGGGCCUUUUAAUCUGACAAAGUAUUCCAACAAAGAAACUGUCCCCUACUUUCGGCACAAAUACGAAGCUAUACAAUCCGAUAAGAGCCCAUCCAUCUCAACUCCCAAUAGUGGACAAAUUUAGCAGACAUGAAAUCUAAAGACAAUGACUUUUUGAGAGAUUGGCUUGUGUUCCCUUUGGAACAGUCUAUUCUGGAUCUGCAGUAAGAUCAGAAGAGACUAUCAGAAGAUAUCAGAAAGACUAAUAAUUCUGUCCUCAGAAUUAUUUCAGAGGAAAAUGUGCCCUAUUUGCUAAUAUACAGUAGGAGCGAUUAACAAACAACUGGCAGAUUGGUAUUUGAGAACAAACUUUCCAAAUUACAUGGGUAGUAAAAGGAAGGUUAAUGAGAGAGGAAUAAUAAAAUGAAAGAUUAAGCCCAACUGGAACAAAUAGCACUAUAAGUCAAGAUAUUUUUUCCAUAAAAUAAAGACCAUGUUACCACAAGUUUAAGUGAAGAGGAAGCUUUUUCUGAGGAUGAGAGCCAAUUGCACUAUAUCUGAAUUCAUGUUAUCACAUAGUUGCUUUGUAUCUAAAAUAGGGGGGAAAAAAAGUGCUAGAUAUGCAAAAGGAAAUUACCAAGAGGUGAAGAAUAUGUGAGUAGUCAGAUCAUCAAAAUUUACCAAAUAAAAGUCAUGGUGGCUGAAAUAGAGUAUAUAAAUUAUUUUUUAACUUCUAAUUCCCUCAUACUAUGCUGACCUUAAAAUACUAAGUAGUGUUAAAAACUAUGGACUUUAACUCCUGUAACACCAGGUCAUUUUCCUGCCAUUCUCUUAACUGUUCUGUGGUCUAUAAAACUAUAUCCUGGUUUUUGUUGGGCCAUUGAUGCUUCUUUCAACCUGUAUGUUCUAUGUGUAUUAUAUUGUUCUUGGUGCUAAAUACACUUUCUUUUCUCUGAUAUUCAGGAUAAUUCUUUCUCUACAUUUGUGACUAUUCAAUUACCAUUCAAUUACUUUCCUAAAUUAUGUGAUUGUUACUUCUUCGUAAUUAAAAAUAUUCAACAUAGUGAAAACUGGUGAAGGUAACCAUUGAAUAUAAAGCAGCAUUAGUUAAAAAUAACUCUUGACGAUAAGACCAAGCAUUACCUGGCCCAUCUACACUACCUAUUGGAUUCUAAACACUUAGGCCCACUGCUGGUCGCUGAACCAUGUACCCAGUCUUUUCCCCUGACCAUGGCUGUUUGCACCAACAGUGGAUACUCGACCAAAGAGAGAAUCAUCAUCAACUAGCUAGUGACCAAAGACUUUCCUUGCUUAAAAAAAAAUUUUUUUUAAAAAGAACCAAUCAACUUGAAAUAAAAGUCACAAAGGAAAUUUCUUGUUGGUGAUUGAGUGCUGGAACUGAAACAUCUUGUACCAUUAGGCUGAGUUAACUUGAAAUAACAGAAAACCACAUUUAGACCCACCUUAGUUUUUUAAUUUCAAAAAUAGAGAGCACUUUCUUAAAACAGCUAUGGGGAGGGAGGAGGAAUAGGCUGCCUACCAAAAAAAAAAAAAAAAAAAAAAUAGGUUGGUAUCAGAUUUCUCUGCAAUACUAAAUGCCAAAAAAGAAAAAAAAAAAAAACAACAAUGGAACAAUGUGUGCAGUAUUUGGAAGGGAAUGGAAAUAUUACCUCAGAAUUUUGAAACCA